AUGUCUAGAGCGUGAGUUAUUCGAAAACGAUUGCAUUUGUUCACGUUGACAAUAUUUUUUUCCAGUGAAGUUGCAAAUUUGUUAGAAGAAAUUUCCGUUUAUAAGAACUAUAUAAUUACGGAAAGCAAGCGGACCGAGAACCUGGCAAACGAAUUGAAAAAGUUCAUUCUUGACCCGUCACGUGGUGCUAAAGUUCCAUUUUACAGUAAAACAGACGAACUUUGUGGAAAUCACAAUCAAUUGAGCGUAUUGAUUUCGGAAAACCAAAAAUUGAAAACCGAGUGAGUUUCGUGCAUUCUUCGACUAAAAAAUUGAGAAAAGUUUCUAGGAAAGACGCAUUGAAUCGGGAAAUCGGAAAUUUGAGGUGAAUCAAUUGCAAAAGAUCGCGAAAAGUUUCGAUUUUCAGAAAAUCGCAGGAAUCAGGACGGAUGGAAAUCGGCACAAAGGAUCUGGAAAUUGAUCGUUUGAAGGAGCAAGUUUUGCAGUUCUCCAAGUGAGCAUCACGAUACCAUGUACUAUCAUUAUACGUUUUUAUGAAUUUCCAGAGAAUGCACUGACAUAAGCAAACAAUUGAAUGCAAAAGAGGCCCAAUUGAAUAAUUUGCAAAUAGCAUUCCACCGUUUGGAUAUGUGAGAACACUUUGAAAUUCGAACAACCCGUCUCGAUUAUUUCAGACAGGGAGAUGAAAAUGAAAGACUGAGUAAACGUAACACGGAGCUGAUUAAUGAAAACAAGCAGCUGAAUGAGAAUUAUGCCGAGUAAGUCAAAGUUCAAAUUGGUCACAAAACCAAAUGUGUUCAGGGUGUGCGAGCGGAACAAAUGUUUGAACAAAGAGUUGGCCAUUUUGAGUCCGAACAGAAGAAAUGAGCAUGCCGGUGGGGCCAAUGAGCCAGGACCGAGCUACGUGAACGCAAGACGCUACCAGUAG